AUGGUUGGAGGCGCAAUACCAAUGCAUUGUACGCUCGAGCCAUUACAACAAGAACGAGGGAUUGAUGAGAUGGGGGUCCAGUCGGACGUAAGCUCAGAUGAAGCGUACUUGAGAACGGUCGGGGAACAAGACCUCAUGAACGUCGAUAUAAACGCAGACGAACCGUACCUCGGAACGGUCGGGGAACAAGACCUCAUGAACAUCGAUAUAAACUCAGACGGACCGCACCUGGGAACGGUCGGGGAACAAGACCUCAUGGACAUCGAUAUAAACUCAGACGGACCGCACCUGAGAACGGUUGGAGAACAAGACCUCAUGAACGUCGAUAUAAACGCAGACGGACCGUACCUCGGAACGGUCGGGGAACAAGACCUCAUGAACGUCGAUAUAAACGCAGACGAACCGUACCUCGGAACGGUCGGGGAACAAGACCUCAUGAACGUAGAUAUAAACGCAGACGGACCGCACCUGGGAACGGUCGGGGAACAAGACCUCAUGAACGUAGAUAUAAACGCAGACGGACCGCACCUGGGAACGGUCGGGGAACAAGACCUCAUGAACGUCGAUAUAAACGCAGACGAACCGUACCUCGGAACGGUCGGGGAACAAGACCUCAUGAACGUAGAUAUAAACGCAGACGGACCGCACCUGGGAACGGUCGGGGAACAAGACCUCAUGAACGUAGAUAUAAACGCAGACGGACCGCACCUGGGAACGGUCGGGGAACAAGACCUCAUGAACGUCGAUAUAAACGCAGACGAACCGUACCUCGGAACGGUCGGGGAACAAGACCUCAUGGACAUCGAUAUGAAAUCAGACGGACCGCACCUGGGAACGGUCGGGGAACAAGACCUCAUGGACAUCGAUAUGAAAUCAGACGGACCGCACCUGGGAACGGUCGGAGAAGGAGACCUUAUGAAUGUCGACACUAGUUGGAUGGACAUCGACUGA